ACAUACACAUAACUUGACAUUUUUAAUCAUUUACCUGUUUUUGGCAAUUCUUGCAUUUCUUGCACAAAUCUAUUCUAAGUUGGGUAUAGUUUGUAUUAUUGGGGUAGAAUCAUUUAUUAGAUACAUACACUUGAGUAAAACUGUUUUAACUUUUCGACGCAGAGAAAUUAAUCUGAACCGCAGUCAAACGUUAACAUUUUAGUAAAAUACAAAGAGAUUUCUAAUAAACACGAAGGUACAAAUACACUAGGGGUCAAUAAAUAUCGCAUUAAUCUUAUAAACAUGUCGAGCACAAAUUAUACAACGCGCACGGAGGGACAGACAAAAAUAUGUACUAUAAUAUGGACCAUACCUACGUUCGUCAAUCUGUUGGAAAAUGUGACCAAGAGGGAAUUUCGAGUUGAAAAAGCUAAAGACCCAAAAACGGAAUUUACUCACUCUAAGUUCCAAUUGAAAAUGCAAUUUUUGGGCCGUUAUAAUGACAUAAUAGAGAUUUCUUAUCUAUCACCAAAUCCGGUUUUUUUGAAGUCCAUUCUAACAAUUUGUUUAAAAAGAUUUGAAGAAAGAACAAUAGUAAUAAAGGAGUAUCACACGGUUCAGGCAAACAAAUGGCAGUACUUGGCUACAUUAUUCAAACGAGAUAUAGCAAGCUAUGAUGGCCGUGAUAUAUUCCUCCUUAGUGAUGGAAGUUUACGACUUAAAGUACAAUUUAUGGUCACCAAUGAUAUAAAAAUAGACCGUUCAACAGUACCUGAAGCACAACUCAGCAAUGACUUAGAGAAUUUACUCAAUGAUGGGUUGUUCUCUGAUGUAAUAAUCAAGUCUGCAGAGGGUAUCGAGUUCAAAGUCCACAAGGCUGUGUUGGCCAGCCGUAGUGCUGUUCUAAAAGCUCAUUUUGAACACAACACCACAGAAUGCUACACUAAUGUUAUUGAAUCGCUUUUAGAAUCAACAGUAUUACAAGAAGUACUAACAUUUAUUUAUAGUGACAAAGCUCCUAGAGUUGAUGACAUUCCAGAAAAGCUUCUAGCAGCUGCCGAUUACUACCAACUUAACAGACUAAAGAGCUUAUGCGAGGAAGCAUUGCAUAAAAAAUUGACAGUAGAGAAUGCUAUAGAAACAUUACAAUUAGCUGAUUUACAUUCAGCAAAUACAUUGAAACAACUCACUCUUGAAUUUAUAAAAGAUGGACAAGCAAAGCUUAUAACAAAAACUGAAGGAUGGGCCCAAGUAAAAUCUGUUGAUUUAAUCAAAAGAAUCUAUGAAUACAUCAUGGCAGAUGAUUUCGAUGCUGAUAUAAAAUGAUGUUGCAACAACAAUAUUCAUCAAAUUGAUCUCAUGAACUCAUAAUGAUAAUCUUUAAAGUAUGCUGUGUCUCAUUACAAUAUAAAAUUAGUUUCAAAUGUUAUAAUCAAAUAUUGAAAGCCUGAAAAUAAGGACUAAGCUAGUAGCAGUAUUGGAUAGGUAAUUCACUUUGUAUGCUGUUUGAUUAGCUAAAAAUAAUUUUACGCAUUUAUAUAAAAAACACAUUUUUUUUGUUAUUUAUCGAAUCAUCAAGGUACUUUGAACUUUGAGACUUAAUUUAGAUUUAAAAAUGUAUUGCGUAUGUUUAUUUAAAAUUUGUGAGCAGAUUAACCACUCCAUAUAAGGGAGUUACGAAGUACAUUUUAAAUAUUUUUUUAAAGAUAGAAUUUUCUUGAAGAUUGUUUUGUUUGUUAAUACUUAAUUUUGAUUGUUUAAAUUAAUUUUUCUCUUUUACAAAUUCAUACAAAUAAUUAAGACUACUCGUGAGGUUCAAACUUGUUAUUAUUUUAGAGAUUAAUUAAAUUAACUUAAUAAAUAUGAUAGUUAACUUUAACAA